CCUUGCUCGCCGACACCCUGUGCAACCUGGAGCUGAAUCUGGAGGAGCUGGAGGACCUCUUCUCGGCAGCGCCGCCACCCAAGGUGGUCAAGGCGAAGAAGCAGGAGACAGCCAAAGUGGAGAAGGUCACCCUGAUUGACAUGAAGCGUUCUAACAACUGUCUCAUCAUGCUCUCCAACCUAAAGAAGUACUCGUACGCUCAGCUCGUGGACGCAGUGCUGGCUCUGGACUCAUCGGUGCUGAACGAGGAGGGCGUGGAGGCCCUGCACAAGUUCUGCCCCACCAAGGAGGAGAUGGAGAUGCUCAAGGCGUUUCCAGGGCCAAAGGACACACUGGGACCAUGCGAGCAGUUCUUCCUGGAGAUGAUGCGGGUCCCCCGUAUGGAGCGCAAGCUCCUCGCCUUCCAGUUCAAGCUCUCCUUCUCCCGCCAGGUGGUGGACGUGCGGCAGAACAUGGAGUUGGUCAUCCAGGCAUGCAAGGAGAUCCGCGAGUCAUUCCGCCUGCGUCGCAUCAUGCAAACCAUCCUCUCACUGGGCAACGCUCUCAACCAGGGCACCGCCAGAGGUGCUGCUGUGGGGUUCAAGCUAGACAGCCUCUUAAAGCUCACUGACACCAAGACACGCAACAGCAAGAUGACCCUCCUUAACUACCUUGCUAAGGUGCUCGAGACCAAGUUACCAGAAAUAGCAAAGUUUCCGUCUGAUCUUCCUUCGUUGGAGAAAGCACACAAGGUGCAAGUGAAGCAGCUGGCGGAGGACAUGCGGCAGCUGACCAACGACAUGGUGAUGGCCGAGAAAGAGCUCACUGCUUGUGGCUCCGAUGGGCCCUGCGCUGACAGCUUCAGGAAGGCGCUGGGAGUGUUUCUGGAGGAGGCGGCAACUGAUGGGAGGCGACUGUCAGCGCUCUAUGCUGAAGCCAGCCGCAGUGCUGAGUCUCUUUCCAAGUACUUUGGCGAGGAUCCCGCCAAAUGCCCCUUCGAACAUGUGACGCUCAUUCUUUUUAACUUCAUGCAGAACUACAAGAAGGCAGUGGAGGACAACACCAAGCAGGUGGAGGCGGAGCGCAAGAGGUUGGAGAGGGAGCUCAAGGCAGAUAGAGUCAGGCGCCACCCCACCACACCUCGAAGCGGCAGCAGCAACAGCAGAAACAACAGCAUGAGUCGCAGCAGCAGUGUGAACGGGAAAACGCCGGGAACACCAAGAGGAGGACCGGGAGGACCGGGAGGGGCCCCACGGACUCCCCGUGCUGCAGGGCCUCCUGGCUCUGCCGGCACGCCACGCACUCCCAGAGCCAGCAGCAGCAGCAGCGGUGGCAGCAAUAGCUUUAGGCGGAGCUCGUCGACGAGCAGCAAUGGGGAUGGGCGGAGUGGGUCGUUCAGGAGGACCUCGUCGGACUCCCCUGCUACGCCCAGAUCUGUCUGUGAUGGUGGUGCUGAUGGUGGUGCUGAUGGUGGUGCUGAUGGUGGUGCUGGGUGUCAGCAGAGCGGUGUGGCCAGUCCGGACGGAGUGAAUAAUUCUGCUGCGGGUGCUGCUGGGACUGGUGGUUCUGCGGAUGGUGUCACUCCUCCGGGUCGUAGCCUGCACACGCUGCCAUCCUCACGGUCUCUCAAGAAAAUCCCCGAAGGAACAGCAGGAGCAACAGGAGCAGUAGGAGCAGAAGGAGUGUCGUCCAGCCUGCGGAGUAGUGUUGACAGCAGUGGCAGCAGCAGCAGCAACACUUGUAGCAGCAGCAGCAUCAGCAACACUCGCAGCAGCAGCAGCGGGAGCGGUAGCAGCAGCAGCAGCAGUGCAGCAUGUGCAUCCACGCCCCGGGGCUCUCUGGCCCGCACCCCUCGCUCGUCCUCCCUCCGCCGCAGCUCAGGGGCAGAUGACGGGGGCGAGGGCAGUGGAGGCAGUGGGGAGAACGGGGGUAGAGGGAACAGAGGGCCAGGGCCUGCAAGCAGUAAGGAUGUGGGACGAGGAGAGAAGACUCCUCGGUCAGGGUCGUUUAAGAGGAGCUCCGGAGAGGAUAGUGUAAUGCUGGGGCAACAAGGGCAACAAGGGCAUCAAGGGCAGCAAGGGCAACAAGGGAGGGGGCCGGGGAGAGGGCGGGAAGGAUCAUCGUCGUCGUCAUUUGGCAGUCAGAGUUGACGUAUCUUGGGACUAACACAUGGAGGAGAUCUAUCGAGUGUGCAGCUGUGUGGAGAUCGCGCGUAUGGCGAUUGGCGCGCGUGUGUGUCGCUGUGUGUUGAGAGGAGAGGAGACAGAGACUAACCCCUGUAUGGCGUGGCACGGAGCAUGCAGCACGACAACUGACUUCUGACUUGUGCGUCUUCUACUGACCCGCGUGACCUGGUUUUCGGCGGGCUUGCCUUACAGACGAGGGAGUGUGGCCAGCUCUGCCCUAACUUGGGUAUGGUGUGUAAGAGGGGAUGUGAGGUGCCUGCCUGGCAUGGUGCCAUUGAUACAAUUGUUGUCCAUCUACGGCACCCUCGGACUUUGUUCGUCACUGAAGAGACAAGACGAGCCCCUUGUACAGAGAAUGCUCGCAAUGCUUGAUGUACGGUUGCUAGUUAUGGCUGAGUUCGCAUCUCACAGUGCCCUCCCCCCCAAACCCCAACUAACCUGUACCAGCUGUGCUGGGUUGGGCUUCUCUUUCAGCAUACGUAUCGUGAGUCCUAGUCUUGACUGCACAUCAGCCGUACGAAUAAAGCGUCUCCCCAAGGCAUGGAAAGCCGCAUGGUCGUAUGCAGCUUAUCUGUGUGUUAUGCGAUGCUGUGGUGUAUGUGGUGUGCAGGUGACUGACACCCCUUACUC